GUUGAAGGGCCGAAGAGCGCGCAAGCGCAAUUCCAACCCGGGCUGCAGACUUCAGCUCAUUGUGUUCUGCCUGCGAAGUGGCACUUGCGAUCUCUCGCCGCGGCCAAAGGCUCCUCGAAGGGCAGCUCAGCGGUGACCAGGCACGGUGGCCAAAGCCGCAUCGCGAGAGCGGGCGCCCCUGAGGGGUGGUCGGGCCCGGGGGAAGGGCGGAGAGAAAGCUGAGUCACCUAAACUGGGUCCCAGAGGGGGAGAGGCCUGAGGCCAUUGAAGGACUUGGCCCGAGAUAUACUGACAAUGAAAUCCAGCCUUCUUAGUUUCCUUUUUGAGGAGAAAGAAGACGACUCUCCCUCCCCAUUUCCUCUACUCCCCUCCCAGGAUUAGGCAGCGGUCCAGGGAAGAGAAACUUUUCUCCUGAGAUCUUUAAGGGUGUGUAGAAGUUUCUAGCCUGUGGAGUCCCACUCUGCCUGUCCCUAGAAGGUCACACCAGAGAAGGAAUGGCAGUCAGGCACCUGCCACCCAUGGUCCAGGAGUUGGUGACCUUCAAGGAUGUGGCCGUGCUCUUCACCCAGGACGAGUGGGCACAGCUGAGCACUGCUCAGAGGGCCCUGUACAGGGACGUGAUGCUGGAGAACUACAGCAACCUGGUCUCACUGGGACUCUUAGGACCCAAACCUGAUAUGUUUUCCCACCUGGGAAAAGGGGAAGAGUGGAUGCCAGAGGACACCUGGGGAGGCUUCUGUCUUGACUGGAUGACUACACAUGUGAGUCAGAUGUCUACUCUAAAGACAGAUAUUCCUGAAGAACAAUUGGAUCAGUGGAUGAGAAAGGAAAAAUUCACUAGAGAUAGUCACUGGAAAUGUGAUAGCCCAUUGGAAUGGCAGCCUGGAGACCAGGAGAUAAAGUUGCAGCAAGUGGUAUUUGCAUGCCAGAAAACCUCAGCUGUGGUUAGUGACCAGGGAUGUGAUGACUCUGGAAAUUGCUGCUCUAUGAGCUCAUCUUUGGUUCAAAGUCAGAGAUUUCAAUCUAACAAAAAAGCUUUUGAGUGUAGUGAGUGUGGAAAAGUCUUCACUAAGAGUUCAACCCUUAAUAAGCAUCAGAAAAUUCAUACUGAAAAACUUAAUACAAAUGGGAAAAAUAUUACUAAGGAGAAACGGUAUGAAUGUAGAGAAUGUGGAAAAGCCUUUCACCAGAGUACACACCUUAUCCACCACCAAAGAAUUCACACUGGUGAGAAACCAUAUGAAUGUAAGGAAUGUGGCAAGGCCUUCUCCGUGAGCUCUUCACUGACCUAUCACCAGAAAAUUCACACUGGAGAGAAACCUUUUGAAUGCAACUUAUGUGGAAAAGCUUUUAUCCGAAACAUACACCUUGCCCACCAUCAUAGAAUACAUACUGGAGAGAAACCUUUUAAGUGUAACAUAUGUGACAAAGCCUUUGUGUGCAGGGCACAUCUUACCAAACACCAGAAUAUUCAUAGUGGAGAGAAACCCUAUAAGUGUAAUGAAUGUGGGAAAGCCUUCAAUCAGAGUACAAGCUUUCUUCAGCAUCAGAGAAUCCACACAGGAGAGAAGCCCUUUGAAUGUAAUGAGUGUGGAAAGGCCUUCAGGGUGAACUCCUCCCUCACUGAACACCAGAGAAUACAUACUGGAGAGAAACCUUAUAAGUGUAGUGAAUGUGGGAAAGCUUUCAGGGACAAUUCAUCCUUUGCUCGACAUCGGAAAAUUCACACUGGAGAGAAACCUUACAGGUGUGGUUUGUGUGAGAAAGCCUUCAGGGACCAAUCAGCCCUAGCCCAACAUCAGAGAAUUCAUACUGGGGAGAAACCUUAUACUUGUAAUAUAUGUGAGAAAGCCUUCAGUGACCAUUCAGCCCUUACUCAACACAAGAGAAUUCAUACUAGAGAAAAACCUUACAAAUGUAAAAUCUGUGAGAAAGCCUUUAUCCGAAGCACACACCUUACUCAACAUCAGAGGAUUCACACAGGAGAAAAACCCUAUAAAUGUAAUAAAUGUGGGAAAGCUUUCAACCAGACUGCAAACCUCAUUCAGCAUCAGAGACAUCAUAUUGGAGAAAAGUGAUGUGACUAAAGUUUAUGGAAGACCUUUGAGACUGAGUGUAUUAAUUAUUGAGUGUAAGAGAAUCCAUCCUAGAGAAUAACCAUGAAAGCUUACAUGAAAAGUUUUUUUAUUUACUGAGAAUCAAGCCUCACAGUAUUGUGGGUUUCAAGAAUUGUUAAUGGUAAACCCUCCUUAUAGUUGAGAACUGCUUCAACUGAACAGCAGUAAUGUUUAAUUAGUCUGAAUUGCCAAGUAUUCAGAACCAAAAUGGAGCUUCGUGAACAUCAGGGAAAUUAGUGUAUCCAAUUUACAUUUUGAUAAAAGAAAUUACAAUAUUGUAAAAUUUAAGGUGAGAAGAAAAGGAACAAAAAAAUAAGAAAAUGUCCUGUAAGCAUUUCACUUUACUUGGUUCUCUAGGAGAGUUUCUACCUUUAAUAGAACCCUUUGUUCUCCUUACCCCCGCUGCUGACUCCCAGUGUAAAGAAAGUGCCCAUGCAUCAGCCUGGGAGUUACUUAAAUUAUGCUUCCCACCUUCUGCUUCAAACCAUUUUUUUUGGAUCUCCUUGGUCUCUGGCUUCUUACCUGCAUUCUCCUGGAACAAUUGAUUUGGAUGCCACAUCCUUCUUUUGAUUUAGCAGCUCCUAACUAGUAACCUCAGGUUACCACCACCUCAUUUGUCCUUGGGGAGUGUGGUGAUCUGACCUCACACUCAGUCCAUGAUUAUGAAUAUUGCACCCAAACCCAGCUUUCAGAACUUGGGACCUCUGGGAAGCAGAGGUUGACCAAAAUAUUGAGUUAUGCAGUUUUCCUGGGACUCAGCUUCACAGUGAACCUUGGGAUGAUACCUAAAGUAGGGGCUUAGUCUGUGUAGACAUUACCCGGCAGCUUUUCUGCACUGUUGUUACCUAUGCACAGCAGUGAGGACCAUGCUCAGCUUCAGGUGUGAUGAUUCCAACCACCUAGUGGUGUUCUGGGCCACCUCCACUUCUGUGACUUGAUGAGAGUUUAGAGCUCCAAGGUGAUUUCCUCAAAAGGUUCUGACCCACCCUCUUUCCCUUGGUCAGGCAGUCCUCUGUGUUCACUGCAUUAGAAGAUAUGUGUUACUCUCCUAUUGUUGAACUGCUUCAUCCUGCAUCCUGCUCCUUGCCCUGCUUUUGUUCAGUUUUUUGAAAAUAUUCACAGGAAAAGCAGAGAGCUCUGAAUUUCUGCUAUUGCAUUUGAGAGUGGCCAUUCCAUCUCCUCCUUCUGGAUAUUCCACUUAAAGACUACCCAUUCUGGCAGCAGUGAGCAAUCUGUUGAGUAGUUCCAUGGGUCAAGAAGUGGUUGACAGCCCUCUGACAUCCUCUGACAGGGCAGUGUCCAUGCCCAAAAGUUUGAUACCCUAGUCCUGCAGGUACUGUUCUUUGCCAUCUUUAAUUCUUCAGUGCUGUCAGUGGGAUCACAGAGAUAGAAUAAUACCUAUGUGCUUCCAUACACACCACCUCUGGUGGCACUCUCCCCUUUCCCACCAUAAAGCAUGGGAAGCCUGCACUAUCCAAGCUGGAACAUACCACAUCAUGAAGAUGGAAGAGCAAGUCAGCUGUCACUCUGGGAAGCAAAGUGCAGGUUCCUGGGAUGCUGAACUGCUUCCCAUCCAGUGGGGAAACCUGCUGGCCCCCACAAACAUUGCACUUCAGCUCCAAGUUACAGGAGAGUUUCUAUCAUGGUGGAAUCUGUGGGCUCCAAGUUGAACAUAGACUUGGAAGCUUCCAGAAGCUUUAGAAGCCCAAAGUUUUCCAAAUUCAUCUUCCAUCUAAUAAAAGCCACUUGUGUGGGCAGGCAGUUCCUGUUAGGUGAUCAGCAGUUCAACCUCCCGUCUCCCCUCUGUAAAGAUGCGGGUGAAGCAGCAUUUCAGGCAACUCGGGACUGUCCAUGCCCUAGGCCUACACAUCUACAGCCACACAGCUGGCAGCCCCACAUUCCACAGUGAGCUUGAAACACUGCUUGUUACUACAGAUAACCUGCCUGCCGAACUAUCCAUACAGUUCUAUCACCCCCCGUUACCCCGAAUCCCUGAGAAAUACAUUUCUCAGCUGAGUUUGUUCAUUGUGUUUGUCUUUGAUGAGAGGUACUGCCCCUUGGUGUGUGCCUGUAGUUGAGCCAGGGCCAAGAACUGCUGCUACUUUAAGAGCCGUAUUCGACCCAGUGACAGCUGAGCUGCUGCUCCACCAGAACCAGUGCAGUCUGGAGGCCAUCCAUCUGAGACUACAGCCCGCUUGCCCUGUAUAGUCCACAUUUCCCAACAGGCUUGGGUCUUCAUGAAAUUAGAACUCUCAGAUGCCUAAUGACUUAUUCCUGUCUGGGAAGGCAAAUAGUCAGUAAAUGGCCUAUUUGAUAUGCCUGGGCCAACUUGGAUAUAUUUAUGGUAAUACUGUUUGUCCAGGCAUUAGCAAUGGCUUUAUUAUAUUGUGCUAUAGGACUAACACCUUAUUAUGUGACCUCAGCCAGGGAGCCAGCAUCUGCCUGGGUGUUAUUCUGUACUUCUGAUCUGAAAUAGUACGGCUCCGCCAGGGCAGACUGACCUGCCCCAGCACCGCCUUUGGCUCAGCCCCUAAAAGUGCAUUUUUGAGAACCCUGACAAAGAGUCCCUUACCCACCUUCUCUUCUGCCAACUGAUCUGCAUGGUGUUAGACCAGAUCUCAGCAAUUAAUAAGAAGGACUUUUUUCUAUACCCCACCCCCAGCUAGGUUAAUCCUAAGACUUCCAAAGAUUCCUGGGGAAGGUAGUUCAUUCUGCACCUUGCUUUUCUAAUCUUAUUGCUCAGCCAUACAGACACUGGCAGCAGAUGAGGACCACUGGGACCCUUCAGGGUUACAGUGUGUGAGCCAGUAGUGUGCCGUCCUCAGCAUGUCAGCCCUCGUCACACUACUCCAUGGCCCGUGUAGUGCGCAGACCCCAGCACACCCACAACUCUGCCAUCAUAACACACCUGUGUGUGGCAGAGCAAGUGCUGAACCUACAUAGCCAGUCUCCCCACCUGCCUCCCCUGGACUAUGGAAAGAUGCAGGAGCCGGAGAGGUAGACCGAGGACCUCCUCCCACAUCAGGCCUCUCCUAACAUACUUGGGAAUAGCCCAUGGGUAAGUUUCUUGGACAUACCAAUUCUACUCGCCUAGGAGAAGGGCAAGGUAGAGGAUAAGCACCCAGACUUUGUUAUAUUCAAUAUCUACAAGCUGCCUUGCACAGCCACUGAAACCGCCUGCUCUUGGGGAAGAAGAUGGCUCUGAACUUCCCCCUUUCCGAUUCCUUUAAUCCUGUUCCCAGAUGGGCCUUCCUCAUCUCCAGCUGAUCUUACAGCUGGGUUCUCCCUACCACCUAAGCUUGCCUGGCCUUGACAGUGUCUCCCUAAGAUAUUGCCUUCCUCCACAUUCAGCUACUGCUUUUAAAAUGGCACCUUUACCCCUCAGCAAACUCGGACUUCCAGGCUACUGUGUCUGCGCCUGAGUCCUGGAACAAAAUAGCCCCAAACAACAAAUAGCAUGCCUUUGGUUGAGAAAACAGCUUAAUUCCCUUGAACAUGAAUUGCAGAACACUGUGACCUCCAGCUGUCUAAUUGCUCUCCUGCCCUGCUGCCUUUGCACUAUGCCCUACCCUCCCAUAUACCACUGGAUAAGCCAGCAGGACAGCAUGGAAACUGACAUAAAACACCUGUCCCACUCUGUCCUGCAGUGGGAGGUGUCCCAGCUUGCACCACUACAGCUGCUCAAUCUAUUUUUGGUAAUAUUUUUACUUCUAAUAUUUUUGUACCAGUUCAUUAAGGGAGAAAAAAAUGAGGCUUAGUUGUUUUCCAUCACUGAAGUAUUCUCAGCUGUGCUAAUCAUCAUUCCAUACAAGUGCCAGGAUUUGUUUAUGUGGACAUAUACUUCCUCAUUCUAUGCAUUACUUUGUAUUCCAUAUAUCAGUAUCCUUAGAAAAAUUGUUGCCAUAAGAAUUAUCCAUCAGUGUGUCUUCCUGAAAAUAAAUUAGGAAACUACCCAGUGUUUUAAGGUGUACAGGCUGCAUUUGUGUUACCUGGUUAUCUAAGCAGAUGUCAUUAAGACGUGGCCAGAAGUCCUGCUUCCAAGUGUUAGUGUUUUUUUAUGGCCAGCCUGGCCCUAGCUCCCCACAGUGACCAUCCGAACCUACCUGAUCCCAGAAACCAUAGUGUUCAGGCUAUGGAAUAUAAAGAGCUGUUUACCCGGUUGCUGGGGAUAACAGUUAACAUUUGAGGGUUUAUCUUGGACCAGGUGCUGUUUGUUGUAGGCACUCCGCAUAUAUAUUAACUCAUGUAAUCCUCAUGAUGUGAGACUGUCUACCAUCUCCACAUGAAACUUGUCAGAAGUCACACAGCUGGUAAAUCAAGGAUUGGCCCCAGUCAGUGAAGCUUCAGGGCACACAUGCUUACCUACUGCAUUGGGCCACCUCCUUUAUGGCACAUUCUAGGCCACUGUAGAGAGCCACUUGGCUACAGAUGUCACACUACUCCAUGCCCCAUGUUGGAGUAGGGUUGAUGUGGCUGAGGGUGGGUGGGAGCCUCUGUAACAA